UCGUCAGCCUGUUGCGUUCGAGGUUCGAUGCUGGCACAAACCGCAGCAGCAGCAGCAGGAGCAGAAAAAUCUGAAUAAUCAGCCGUACCAGCAGCAACAGUUUCAUAUUCCGAAUCAGUGGCCGUUUCGUGACGCGGCGCGUAAAUACAUAAAAUAAGUUAGAAAAAGAUAAAUAAGCCACAAGCGCGGUUAAAUCCCAAAGACACACAAAACACACGCGAAAUAUCUCGAUCGUCAUAAAUUAAUCCGAGUCGAGUGCGUUUCAGAUCCACCGAAAUUAGGGGCAAUUACCACUGAUAAGAAUGAUGAAAGCCACAGCGUGGUUUGGUCCGGUGUUAUUAACUUUACUGUGUGCCACAAGGCUCGUCUGCACGGCCCAGCGAGGAGGGGCAGGAGGAGGAUCAGGAGGAGGAGCUGAGGUCGGCGGAAGCGGCCGCACAAACGGAUAUCCUCUGGACUACCCUGAUGCACGGAACUCACAGGAUGACUUUCUCCUGGCCAAGCGGAACAAACCGUCGCUGUCCAUUGUCAAUCCCCUGGAUGUGCUGCGUCAGCGGCUGCUCCUGGAAAUCGCACGCAGGCAAAUGAAGGAGAAUUCCCGCCAGGUCGAGCUGAACCGCGCCAUCCUGAAGAACGUGGGCAAACGAUACUUGUUGCGAGGAGCAGAAGCAGGAGCAGGAGCAGGAGCCCCCCAGGUGAGCUGGCGGUACCGCCAGCAGUGGCCAGUCGAGCGGGAACUGCAGCUGCAACUGGAGCGGGAAAGGGAAAGGGAAACGGAGCGGGAGCGGGAUGAGGAGCCGGAGGAGCAGCUGGGCCGGCAACAGCUGCUGCCCUGGAAGCAUUUCCCCAGCCAACUGUGGAGCUACGGAUGGUCUCAGUCGCAGUCCCCCUCGUCACAGUUUUCGGAUUCCCUGCAAUCAACAUCCACUCGACCACAAUCCCAGGCACUCCCAGGUCAGAAGUUGCUCAGCUAUGCGAAGAACUCUCUGGACGUGGCCGGAAUGGGUCUGGCCAGGCAUCGGGUCAACGGAAAUGAAGCCAACGAAACAAAUCAUGAACAUGAGAACGGGAACGGGAACGAGAAUGAGAAUGAAAAUGACGACGGCAGUAAAAACCCGGCGAGAUAUGUGGAUGACGACGAUGAGAACGAUAAUGACGUGGGCCCGGAGGGAGUGGGUGUGGGAGUGGGAGUGGGAUUGGGAUUGGGACUGGGAUUGGGACAGGGGCUGGGUCUGGGUCUGGGCCUGGAGAGGUUCGAUGUGUUCGAGGACAAGCCCAACUGGGCCAACGAGGAGCCGAACGAGGUGGUUCGGGGUGCGGCCAAUGCAAAUGACCGCCUGCCCUGGCCCUUUCCCUACCGCUUUCACAAAAGCCAGCAUAAUGUUAAUUAAGUAAGUGAGGAUUGAGUUGCAGCUACAGAUACGGAUAAUGAUACUGAUACUGAUACUGAUAC